AUGACUUCAGGUCCAAGUCCAGGUUCCGGUUCUGAUUCUGGUUCUGGUUCGAAUCCUGUUCCUCUUACUCCUGCUCCAAAAGUUCCCAACCCUGUUCCUUCAAGUCUUGGUUCAUCUCCACUUUCAAAUACUGGUUCAUCCCCAUCAGGUUCUACUUCAACUCAGCCUUCUUCUGCUCCAACCACAACAAAUAGCCCAACCUCAGGUCAAAAAUCCGACCCAACUACAACCUCUGCUCCUGCUUCAGGUUCUAUUUCAGCUAUAACCAUAACCCCCGGUUCCGCUCCUGCCCCUGCCCCCGCUCCUACUCCUGCCUAUACCUUCCAACCAAAUUACAGCAACGGGACAACUGGAGUCCCUAACGAAACUUGGUUCUCAUUAGCGAUUUGUGUACAACCAGAAAACUCUGACAACGACGGACGAGAGCAGAUUAUCAUCCUCAACGUCGAUCACGAUUUCGAUUUCCUUGUUUCCGGACCACUGGGACGUGAAGGUCUCACGAAUGAAAAGGAAGACCAAGAUAUUCACAGUCCUAUCGUUUUCCAUAUUUUUAACAAUCUUGAACGGAAAGAUGAUGGUGAACAUGAGAGUGUGGUCACUUGGCGUACCGACUAUGGACGUCUCGAGCGUCCACCCGGUGGCCGAUACUUAUCCCCUGAUAUACUAUGGACAAUAGCAAACAGACAUGAAGAGGAAGGACUAGGGGUUUGCGAAGUAGAAGUUUUGAGAGCGGUACCAAACUCCGAGCAGGUGCGUGAUGAUGAUGAUUUCACCUGGAUCGGAAAUCAAGCGGAUUGCGACGGGGGAGUACAUAUAGAUCAAACACGUAUUCUAGAACGUGAGCCAUUCCUUGAAGAAAUACGCGCCAGAAACUACAGGCCGAAUCACCUCUUCGAAAGCUUUCAAAUCGGUUUACUGCUAUUACUUGUCGCUAUAUUGACCAUUGGUUGGGUUCUAACGCUCGCCGAAUAUGGUUACGGAUGGCCGUUUUCCGCCUCUAUUUAG